AUGAUGUUGUCUUGGGUCGCCUUGUGCAGUCUACUUGUGGUGAUGGGGCCAGCAAUGGUGCAUACUGAUGGCAAUGUCAUGAUCACGGCCGAUGCGGAGGGCGCGAUUACGACUGAUGCGGAGGGGAAUUUAUGGCUUCAUGCUUCUCUAACCGACAAUGAGGCACGAGUUCUGAUUGACGGUGUUGACGUUGGACAAGAGCACCGCGAGCACUUUUUGGCCCACGUGUCAGAGCCAAAGACGAUGAAGCUCAGCAUCACGACUGCUCCCACGGACAUGCCGGUGGUGUUCUCAGGCACAGUCGGCUGCGAGUUGGACAAUGUCCCUCCAAAUGUGAAGCAUAUUUUAGGCAACAUCAGUCUGAUUUCAUGUCCGUCUCUGACAGCAGAUGACCUGAACGUUUUUAACAAGCUCAUUAACGUGAGCGGUGACCUCAAGAUUCAUGACAAUGACGCCUUGACCAAUGUGGAUGGAUUUGGAAAACUUGGCAAUGUCGGUGGCAACUUGAGCAUCCAAGGUAAUGACGACUUGACCAAUGUGGAUGGAUUCGGAAAUCUCGGCACUGUCGGCGGCGACUUGACCAUCCAAUACAAUGACGUCUUGACCCAUGUGAAUGGAUUUGGACAUCUCAGCAGCGUCGGCGGUUCCUUGAAAACCCAAGACAAUAUCGACCUGACGAAUGUGGGUGGACACAACAGUCCGAAAACUGAGGAUUAA